ACAGUAAAUCGGAAGCCGACUCGCAAUGGCAUGGUACAAAGUGGAAGAGAUUCCUUGCCCUAAACUGGACCUGGGUGAAGGGCCCCAUUGGGAUAUCAAGACGCAAAGUUUGUACUUUGUAAAUUUGUUCGAAGCAACGAUCCACCGGUUAGACUAUCAGAAGAACAAAGUUUAUCAUGCUUCGGUUGAGGGCUGCACGUGGACAUCGUUUAUCAUCCCCGUGAAGGGCAGAAGCAACGAGUUCGUGGUGGCCGAUGGAUCCCGAGUUGUAUUGAUUAGCUGGGAUGGAGUUUCUGACAAGGCGAAAAUUGUAAAAGUCAUUGCCGAUCUCGGUGAUAAGGAAAACCGCAUCAAUGAUGGCAAGGCAGAUUUCAAGGGGCGUCUGUUCGCUGGUACAUUAAGAGCAGAGCACUGUGGAAAUCCAUUUGAAGAGAAUUCCGGCAAGUUUUACAGAUAUGACGCAAAGAAAGGUGAAUUUGUUGAGCAGUUCGAUAAAGUUUUCAUUUCCAACGGGCUUGCAUGGAAUGAAAAGACCAAAAAAUUCUACUACGCCGACACUGGAGCGUACUCCGUGCAGGAAUUUGAUUUCGACGAGGAAGGCAAUUUGAGCAAUGGAAAAGUUUUACUUGACAUGUCUGUGACGAACAAAGAACCUAAGGAUGGCCCUGAUGGUAUGACCAUUGACACAGAUGGAAAUCUUUACUUGGCAGUCUUUCAUGGCUCCAAAGUUUUAAAGAUCAGCCCAAGUGGUGAAGUUCUGCAGGAGAUCAAAAUUCCUGCUAAACAGGUGACAUCUGUUGCCUUCGGGGGACCUAAUUUGGACGAACUGUUCGUCACAACGGCUAAGCGACCUUUUGUAGAAACACAAGGACCUCUCGCUGGAGCUACCUUUAAGGUGACUGGUUUAGGAGUUAGAGGACUACCGAUGGCCGAUGUAGAACUAUGAUCAA